UAUAAAAAUUGUAACAGUCUUGCACUCUUUUCCGGCCAAACCUUUAACAAAACCCACAUUAUAUUCAGCCAGAGCUUGGCGGUGUUUAAUAAAAUAAAAUAAAAAUAAAAAACGGUCAUGAUGAACUCGUUAUUCCGAACAAACCGGUGGAAAUUUAAAAAAAUAAUAGGAAAUGAUUGAAAACCAAAGUGAUUUGAGCUUUUACGUCAAGUGCGUACUUUAUUUAAAUAUCGAUACACGCAAAUGACAGUUGAUUUUGACAUAGCUUCUUAUAUUCACGAAUCGUAUUUACGUCGGCAAAAAAGCACGGCAACUACUAAGAAACUCGGUAUUCAAAUAAUAAUUGAAAGUCAAUUGAAUUCCGCCAAAACAUGGGAAAGUGAUGGUGAUUUGUGUCUGUAUCAAUUUAUGAGAAAAUGUGUUUAUAUAAAUGGCAUUUGAAUUUUUUGGAAUGCGUGAAUCACACGAGUCAUUAAUAAAAGCAACUGUAAAUGUUUUAUAUAUCAUAUGUUCUUGUUAUAAAAAUAGGGAUUCUUUGCGUGUGUGAAAGCCUGUCCAAUGUUGUUGCACUUCAUUGUAUUCAGCAGACGCAAGGAAUGACAUCAUUCAUUCGUUUUGUUUCAUUUAAGGAGUGUUUAGUAUCUGUUCCAAAGCGAAAUAUGUUGUGCGGAAUUAUGAAGCCGGCUCGACAUGGCUUCCAUGAAUCUUGAUUGUUUGGAAACAGUUUUUCGUUUUAAAGUGAACAUUGAUAGCCUCGAAGCAGGUGAAAUAUUGUCUCCAGAAAUCAAACUAAGCAAAUUAUCUUGGAAAAUUAAAUUGUGUAAACAAAUGAGUGAUGACGUCAAUUUCCUCGGGAUUUUCUUAGUGUGUGAGCCACCAUCCGAUAUUGGCAUUGCAAAAUGGUUAUGUAAUGUGCGUGUCGUUUUUAAGCUGCUAUCAUUUGCAUCAACCGAAAAAGAGAUUAUCAGACUAUUUUCAAAGAAGGAGUUCAAUCAAGAGUGUCUAUCGCAUGGUGUUGGUGAAUUUUGUUUGUGGAAUGAUUUGUUAGAGUCAAAAAAUCAAUAUGUACGCGACAACGAAGCAACAUUUGAAGUGGAAAUACUGACAAAUCCAUUGAAUUGUAUCAAAAUGAUGGAAAUAGAACAAAUGUCCGUGAAACUUCGCGUCGUUGUGGAAAAUGUCAGUAAAUUGGGCAACACAUAUUCACCAGAAGUGAUUGUACGCGGUAUUCGAUGGAGAAUCCAAACGAGAAAAGAAGAUGAACAUUUUGCCGUUUAUUUAUGGGCGAUUGAAGAGGAUAUGGAUAUGAAUUGGUGUUGGGAAGUUGAAUACUCAUUUAAAUUACUUUCGUUCAACAGCAAAAUCGAACCAGUCGAUUGUAAAACUACAUCAGAUGUGUUUCGCUGGGGCACACCAUCAUGGGGAUAUGGCAAGCUAAUAAAAUGGUCGGAAUUCAUGGAUCCCAAGAAAAGAUUCGUUCGUAAUGAUACGGCCAUCAUUGAGGUCAAAUUCGCUGUCAAAUCACCGAAACCAUUGUGGGAAUGCGAAAAGAAUCCGCCAAAAAUUGCAUCCGCACUGGAGUGCUCGAUUUGCUUUGAAAAAUUCUGCGGCAGAGAAAUAUUGGCCACGAAAUGUGGCCAUUUAUUUUGCGGUGAUUGUAUUUAUAGAUCGAUUGAAGACCGGCAAAAGUGUCCGAUGUGUAAUGCCACCGCUGUUGUUCAAGACCUUCGGCCUAUUUUCUUCUCGUGGUAGAUCAACACACAUCAACCAAUGAACGGCGCAGUGAGCAUCGAAUUGAAUUCGUGAUAUCAGUGGGUUUAAGAUUAUGAAAAAUAUAAAAAAAUACCUUCUACCUCAUUUGAAUUAUGAAGAUUUUAUAUCUAAUGAUUAUUUUUCUAGAAUUUACAUUUUUAUCAUACAAAUUGAACAAAAUAACAAAAACUAUUAUUUUUGAACCAAAGAAGUAAACAAGAGAAAUUAAACUGUGAAAUAUAAAUUAAAUGGAAAAA